UCUUUCUGAGUACCAAGUUUGAGAGAGAGAGAGAGAGAGUGAGAGAAUGAGAAGGUUUCAAUUUGGAUCUCCAUUUGGUGUAUCUAUAUCGAUAUUGUUGUUCGUCUUCAACUUUGGUUCUUCUGAUGCACUUUAUGGAUCAUCCUCACCAGUGGUUCAGCUCAAUCCAUCAAACUUCAAGUCCAAGGUUCUGAAUUCAAAUGGAGUUGUUCUUGUUGAAUUCUUUGCUCCAUGGUGUGGUCAUUGUAAGGCUCUAACUCCUACAUGGGAGAAGGCAGCUACUGUCUUAAAGGGUGUAGCUACUGUGGCAGCACUUGAUGCUGAUGCUCACCAGUCAUUGGCUCAGGAAUAUGGGAUAAGAGGAUUUCCAACCAUAAAGGUGUUUGCACCUGGGAAGCCUCCUGUUGAUUACCAAGGAGCUAGAGAUGUCAAACCAAUUGCUGAAUUCGCUCUUCAACAGAUAAAGACUCUAUUGAAAGAACGUUUAAGUGGAAAAGCAACUGGGGAAUCGAAUAAAAAGUCAGAACCCAGUGCUUCAGUAGAAUUAAACUCCAGCAACUGUGGUGAAUUUGUUCUCAAAAGCAAAGAACUUUGGAUUGUAGAAUUUUUCGCACCUUGGUGUGGGCAUUGUAAAAAACUGGCACCUGAGUGGAAGAAAGCUGCCAGUAACUUGAAGGGGAAGGUGAAACUGGGUCAUGUUGACUGUGAUGCUGAAAAGUCUCUAAUGAGCAGGUUCAAUGUUCAAGGAUUCCCAACUAUCUUGGUAUUUGGUGCCGACAAAGAGAGCCCGAUUCCUUAUGAGGGUGCUAGAACAGCCUCAGCUAUUGAAUCAUUUGCUCAAGGGCAGCUGGAAACGAAUGUUGCUCCUCCUGAAGUAACUGAGCUGACUGGUCAAGAUGUCAUGGAAGAGAAAUGUGGUUCUGCUGCUAUCUGUUUUGUUGCCUUCCUUCCUGACAUUUUGGAUUCCAAGGCUGAGGGGAGAAACAGAUACGUUCAACAGUUACUAUCAGCUGCAGAGAAGUUUAAAAUGAGUCAUUACAGCUAUGUCUGGACAGCUGCAGGUAAACAGCCAGAUCUUGAGAAGCAUGUGGGUGUUGGUGGGUAUGGUUAUCCUGCUUUAGUGGCCCUUAACCUUAAGAAAGGUGUUUAUUCUUCUCUCAAGAGUGCUUUUGAGCUCGACCAUAUUAUAGAAUUUGUGAAAGAAGCUGGACGUGGGGGCAAAGGGAAUAUGCCCCUAGAAGGCACUCCUUCCAUUGUGAAAACAGAACCAUGGGAUGGCAAGGAUGGGGAAAUAAUUGAAGAGGAUGAAUUUUCUCUUGAAGAACUCAUGGGGGAAGAUGCUUCAAGCAAGGAUGAAUUAUGAUCAACCAAGAAGGAAAUUAUACAGAAUCAAAAGUUGAGGUCCCAAGAGAUUUUGAAGUAACAGGCAAUGCUAGAUCUAGAGUCAUUGUUUCUUUAAUUUAAUGACUAGGCAGAGCAAAGUGUAUUUCUUGUGAUGAUAUAUGAUAGUUUUGUUCAUUGUUCUGGGUCUUCCUUCAUGUUCUAUGUAAACGAUUGGUAUACUGUUUUUUUAGGAUAAUCAUAGCUUUACCCGAUGGAUGACAUGAAUUGGCUAUUUUGUCAUUCAGGGUGUGUUUGGUACAUGAGAAAUUUUUUGGUGACCGGGAAUCAUGAUUA